AUGGCUCAUCUGGGUGACUGGGCAGGCGCAGUUGCGUUGGCAGUCUUUGUGCUUCUGUUUUACCAAUACAUCAUCUACCCCGCCGUUUUCUCGCCCCUAGCACGAAUCCCGAAUGCCCAAUGGUCAGUUCCCUUCUCACGCAUCUGGAUCCUGUGGGUUCGGUAUGCCCAUCGAGAAAACAAAACCCUCCACAGCGCCCACCGGCGACUUGGGCCCAUCCUGCGAGUUGGACCGAACGAACUCAGCGUUAGCGACCUCGAUGGCGUCCGUACCGUUUACCAGGGAGGGUUCGGGAAGCCUGUUUGGUACUCGGUCUUCAACAACUAUGGUGUUCCCUGCAUGUUCUCGGCCCGCGCCGGGCCCGAACAUUCGGCACGCAAGCGGUUGAUCUCACACGUUUACUCCAAGUCGUAUAUCCAGUCGAGCCCAGCAGUCGCUGCCCAAUCACAUGAGAUCCUUUAUGGCAGGCUUCUACCGAUACUCGAGACAUCCGUUAACCCUUCCCAGGGGCCGCACGUCAUAGAUGUUUAUUCGGUCUUCAUGGCGGCCACCAUGGAUUUUAUCGCAUGUUACAUUUUUGGACUGGGCCACGGGACUAAUUUUCUCGGCGAUAAAGCCUACCGGGAGCAUUUUCUCGAGCUUUACAAGGCCCGUAAUGACUCUGGAUAUUACGACCAAGAGCUCCCCCAGCUGACGAGGCUCUGUCGGAAAUUAGGGAUUCCUCUAUGUCCCAAGUGGGCGGACAAGGCAAACCUGGAACUUGGGGAGUGGUGCUGGGGUCUUUGUGCCAAAAUGGAAGGUUAUUUUUACCCCGUGAACGCCAACGGGCCCCCUGCCGGUUCGGUUGUGGACCAGCCCAUCGUAUGGAAUGCGCUAGUCCACGGGUUACAAAACGAAUCGUCUGAGAAAUGGCCGUCAUCGGUGAUGUACCCGAGUAGCCUCCCGAACCUCAAGCUAUCGGUCGCAUCCGAGCUCUUUGACCACGUUCUCGCUGGACAGGAAACAGCCGGUUUGGUUCUGACGUACCUCAGUUGGCGACUAUCUCAAUCGGUCGACCUCCAGCACCAGCUCCGGGCAGAACUCCUAGCCCUCGUUCCCAACAUGCAGCUCACCCCCGACAACAGGCCCGUAAUGCCGGACCCAAAACAGUUGGACAAACUCCCGCUGCUCCACGCUGUGCUCAUGGAAACGCUGCGCCUCCACGCACCCAUCCCAGGCGCACAACCUCGAGAGACACCGGAAGUGGGUUGUCGGAUUGGUCCCUAUGCCGUACCAGGAGGUGUUAGGGUCGCGGCGUCGGCAUAUACCCUACAUCGAGAGGAAAGUGUCUUUCCCAAGCCGGAAGAGUGGGACCAUACUCGGUGGCUGCCCUCAAACGCUAAUGGAGAAGAGAGGCGGACGAUGAAUAGGUGGUUCUGGGCGUUUAGCUCGGGAGGGCGGAUGUGCAUCGGGUCGAACUUUGCUCUCCACGAAAUGAAGUUGAUCAUUACUACGAUCUACUCGAACUACACCACCCAUAUCGUUGACGACGAAGGGAUGGAGAACCAAUCGGAUGGAUAUACCGGUCGGCCUGAGAAAGAACGGUUGUUUCUUCGGUUUGAGAAGGUGGUGUAA